CGCGGGCGCGCCCCGCCCCUCUGCGUCAGCGAAGGACAAAGUCAUUGAAGGAAAAGGGGAGCGAUUCGGCCUCUGUGCAGCGGAGUGGCCGGCGAGGAGUGGGCGCCGCCAUCUUAGGGAGCGCGUCCCCUGUGAGGUCCUGCCGCCGCCAUGUUCUCCUCCCUCGCGCCGCUCGCGCGGCUCAACCCCUUCCACGCGCCCCACCUGCAGCUGCAGCAGGAGACCGGCGGCCUGAGGAGGCGCGAGGCCGCGGGGGAGUCGCCGUUGCCGCCGUCAUCGUCGUCUUCGUGCAGUCGGAGGAGCCUGGCAGCCGCCUCCGCCGCGGAGGAAGAAUACAGUUGUGAAUAUGGCUCGCUCAAGUUUUAUGCGCUCUGUGGCUUUGGUGGGAUUCUAAGUUGUGGUCUGACACACACAGCAGUCGUACCUUUGGACUUAGUGAAGUGCCGUAUGCAGGUGGAUCCGCAGAAGUACAGAAGCAUUUUCAAUGGCUUCUCGGUCACUUUAAAAGAAGAUGGUGUCCGCGGCUUGGCUAAGGGAUGGGCCCCCACCUUUAUUGGAUACUCUAUGCAAGGACUCUGCAAGUUUGGGUUCUACGAAAUCUUUAAAGUCUUCUACAGCAACAUGUUGGGGGAGGAAAACACAUAUUUGUGGCGUACGUCAUUGUACUUGGCUGCGUCUGCCAGUGCGGAGUUCUUUGCUGAUAUUGCUCUGGCUCCGAUGGAAGCUGCUAAGGUUCGCAUUCAGACCCAGCCUGGGUAUGCCAACACGUUGAGGCAAGCGGCUCCAAAAAUGUUUGCAGAAGAAGGCAUUUGGGCUUUCUAUAAAGGUGUCGCUCCCUUGUGGAUGAGGCAGAUUCCGUACACAAUGAUGAAGUUUGCCUGUUUUGAACGAACCGUGGAAGCUCUAUACAAAUACGUCGUUCCCAAACCGAGAAGUGAAUGUUCAAAGGCAGAACAGCUGGUGGUUACAUUCGUAGCAGGCUACAUUGCUGGUGUUUUCUGUGCCAUCGUUUCACACCCCGCUGAUUCUGUCGUGUCUGUUCUGAACAAAGAAAAGGGCAGUUCAGCGCUAGAAGUACUGAAGAGGCUUGGCAUCAAAGGCGUAUGGAAGGGGCUGUUUGCCCGUAUCAUCAUGAUCGGUACUCUGACGGCAUUACAGUGGUUCAUCUACGACUCUGUGAAAGUGUAUUUCCGGCUCCCUCGCCCACCUCCACCCGAGAUGCCGGAAUCCCUGAAGAAAAAGCUUGGGCUUACUGAAUAAGUGGAUUAUGGACUGGCUGAUAGCAAACACUUUAUAUGUAUCAUGUGUAGGGAGAAUAAAGUCUUCUUUCUUGGGA